CACCUGUGCCACCACGGAUCUCCUUCCCUGCCAGCACCCUGCGCGUUCCCCGCAGCCUUCCCGAGGACCAGCGCACCUGUCGGCCUCCCAUGGAGCAGGGACAGCCCAGCACGGACAACUGCACUGACAGAAAUGCAUAUGGUGGCAUUGUGCUGCUUCAGAUGGUUCUCUACAUCCCAGUGUUCACCCUGGGGAUCUCACUGAACUCUAUUGCCUUCUGGGUCUUCUGCUGCAAAAUCAGGAGGUGGACUGAGACCAAGGUGUACAUGAUCAACCUCAUCGUGGCAGACAGUUUCCUGAUCUUCACCCUGCCUUUCCUGCUAUAUUUUACCAAGUACAAACAUCCUGUAGAUGGGCUGUGUGUAGCUAUACAAAACAUCUGUUUUACAAACAUGCCUAUGAGCAUCCUUAUCAUCACCCUGAUUGCGGUUGAUCGAUACAUUGCAAUCAAGUUCCCUCUAAAAGCAAAGAUUCUUCGAUCCCCACUGAAAUCAGCUUCUAUCUGUGGCUUUCUUUGGAUAAUCCUGAUAAUUUUUUCCAAUUUUUAUGGCACACUUAACAGAAACCAGGAAGGUUGUUGCUUUCAGAAAGAAUCUCUUCAACCCAGGUAUUCCUCUGUAGUCUACAGUAUCGGUGGAUAUUUUAUUCCCUUAGGGGUUGUGACUUUUUGCUCAGUACAAGUCAUCAGAUGUCUAAAAGAGAAGAUGGCCACAAGCCCUCAUGAAACAAAAUUAUUCCAGAAAGCUGUGCACAUUGUUUCAGUGAAUUUGUGUGUGUUUGCUGUCUGCUUCUCACCUUUUCACUUCUCACUGCUCUUGCGGUUUGCAGUAGAAGCUGCUGGAGCUCAUUCUCUGCUGCCAGGAGUUACAACCUUCGUUAAGGUCUCUGCAUGCUUAGCAAAUUGUAACUGCUGUCUGGAUGCAUUUUGCUAUUAUUUUGCAGCCAAGGAAUUUCCAGAGUUUUCCUCUAUGUUCCCCAAGUGUGUAUUUAUGAAGUCCAAGACGAACCAAAGCGAGGAGUCGCAGCCAUCCACGAAUCAAGUGGUGGCAUAAACAAGGUGCAGUGCACGGCAGGUGUUGAGCUCCACAAAGCUGCUCGAGUUUGAGGCACAGGGAAUGGAACCACCUACAAUGUUUGAAAUCAUUGUACGUGUAGCACAGGUACAAAAAGGGGCAAACCCCUCCAAAGGGUCUGAUGUUAACUUGAAUUUCGUCCUGCUGCUUGUGUUAUUGCAUGGCAGCUCCAGGCGCCUCCUGGUGACAGCUUGUCAUGGUUGGCUUCAUAGUCCCUCACUUUCAGUGUCUCCUGACUUGUAAACCUCUAAAAAAUUUCUUCCUGGGACUACAAGCUCAUAUUCUGCUCAUGUAAACUUAGAGGCAAUUAACUUCCCUAACUGACAUACAGUUCCCCUACAUGUCUGUCACCACGCAGUGACACUCGUUCUGACCACAGUCUGAAACCACUGGCUAGACCUUGGUCUAACAAGCACACAAAGGACUGUUCCAGCAUGGAAAGUGUCCCUGUCCUAACAUUAGAUCCCCCUGCUUUGUGUCAGUUCUUUGGCAGACAACACGGUGGAAGCUGCAGUGAGCAACCGUGCCAUAAAAACAGAUGAAACUACUCAGGUCAUUCAGCUGAUAAUUCAUGUCCCAGUUGUCCUCCCUGGUGUAUUUUCUAAUGCUCUGGCAUUACUGGUAUUUCACUGCAAGCAGAACAAGUAACCUGUGUGUAUAUGUGACCAGUUUAACCAUUGCACAUGGUUUAGCCCUCGUUCUGCCUUCUAAAUUAUUUCUUCAAAGGCAGGAAAAGAUAUGGGAGACAAAUAGUUCCUGAUCUUAACAGCCAGCUAUUGCUUAAGAAGAAGUGUGAGUGUUGUCACCCCUGCAGCCAUCAACAAAUAUGCUGCAAUUAACUACUCAGAAAUCAAGAGGACUCUUGACAGACACCUCUCACAAUCCAGGCAAGUGUUAUUCAGCAAGGGAAAAGACUUCUACGUCAGGAACAGCACAGAAGACCUUCAAAAAUAUUUUUGGACCUAGGAUUCCCUUCUGAGACCUUGCAUCUCAUUGCUUAUAAUGAAUGCCUGUUCCAAAAAGGUGGUUAUGAAUUUUUAAAUUAUUUUGAAAAAAGAGAUGAAGAUUCAUAUCAACCUGUUAACCUACUAUUAAUCUAGAAAGCAAACAACUUGCUUGUUUUUGCAGAUUCAGUCAUGCUCAUGUUUUCUCCCAGUUAACAUUGGAGAACUUCGAAAUUGUUCCAAUGGGCUCCAAGUAGGUCAUCUACUCUGAAAUACAGAGUAUUUUAUACAUGUGGCCUCACAUAUAGAUCUCAUAAUUUUCAUUUUUCUCAUCGUAAAGGGGAAAUGAGUUGACUUCACAAUCCUUGUAAUCAUUAAGAUUUUUUUCCUGUUUCCACUGCAUGCUAUGAGAACAAACAAAAAAUCCAUACUUUUGCAGGUGAAAAUAAAGGUGUGUCGUAGUAAUAUAUCUAUAAAUAAAUAUUCAUAUAUUACCA